AUGAGUGAAACAGAAGACCCAGCUGUAACAUUAUUUAGAGAAUAUUUACGGAUUAAAACAGUACAACCUGAUGUCAACUACGAUGAAGCCGUUGAGUUUUUAAGAAGAGUCGCCCAAGAUAUUGGCCUAGAAUUUACAUCUUUUGAGGUGGCGCCACAGAAACCGAUAUGUAUUAUGACGUGGAAAGGAACAGAUCCAUCAUUAAAAUCAAUCGUUCUCAGUUCACAUAUAGAUGUCGUUCCUGUAUUUCCGGAACAUUGGAAAGUUGAUCCAUUCAGUGCUGAAAAGAUUGAUGGUAAAAUUUACGCUAGGGGCGCUCAGGAUAUGAAAUGUGUUGGUAUUCAGUACCUAGAAGCUGUUCGACGAUUAAAGAACAAUGGUGAACAAUGUUUAAGAAAUAUUCAUUUGAUCUUCACUUCCGAUGAAGAAAUAGGGAGUGUUCCACAAAGUUUGUUUGUAAAACGAGAAGAGUUUAGGAAACUAAAUGUUGGUUUUGCUCUCGACGAAGGAAUAGCGAAUCCUGGAGAAGAGUUCAAAGUGUUUUAUGGUGAAAAGUCUUUCUGGUGGGUUAAAGUCACCUGUAGUGGCAAUCCAGGUCAUGGUUCACAGCUGAUAGAAAACACAGCCGCAGAAAAAGUGCAAAGAGUCAUUAACAAGUUUCUGGAAUUUAGAAAAACAGAAGAAGACAGGUUGAAAUCAGACGAGUCGUUAAGUAUAGGUUCAGUUUGUACAGUUAAUAUGACCAUGUUAGAGGGAGGUAUUCAGUACAACGUCAUCCCGGCUGAACUCGGCAUCGGAUUUGAUAUCAGGAUACCUCCACACGUGGACAUGGAGAAGCUCGAAGCUCAGAUAGCUCAGUGGUGUAAAGAAUCGGGCGAAGGAGUAACUUAUGAAUUUGUGGUUAGAGGGAACCACCAAGACCUUACUAGUAUUGAUGAUUCAGAUCCUUGGUGGAACGCCUUCCGCGGAACUUGUCAAAAUUUAGACUUGAAGAUCAUCACGUCCAUUUGUCCAGUGGGAACUGACAGUCGACAUACCAGAAAGCUUGGUAUACCAGCUCUGGGUUUCUCUCCAAUGAACAACACCCCAGUUCUUCUCCACGAUCAUAACGAGUUUCUUCAUGAGAAAAUUUUUCUGAGAGGAAUCGAGAUUUAUCAACAAAUUAUACCAGCUCUAGCUAAUGUUAACUGA